AUGAUCAACCACUCGCAAAUCGAAAGUGUCCUCAUUCCAGAUAUAGAAGAAGCUUCUGGAAAAGUUGAGUUCGACAGCAACAACAACAACAACAAUAUUAACAAUGACGAUGAUGAAAAUAAUAUUAACGAUGAUAAUUAUUUUAGUGAUGGUGGCGAGGAAGGAAAGGCGCGUGCUGCACUGCUGAAGGAUCGAUUUCUAUCUUUCGUGCGAGUCGUCAGGUCGCAACCGUACACCACCAUCUUCAAGAAGUGGCGAAGAAAGUCCAUUUGUUGUCUGCACGCUGACAAGUCACGUGACGAGGACGAAAGUGGAGAUGCAGAUGACUUUGAGAGCGGUUUAAAAUGGGUCGUUCCCAUGUUACUGCUCGGGACUUUAGAUUUGUUGGCGGGUCUUGUAAAUUUCAUCAGAGCCAGCGAGAGGAAGGAAGUGAAAUUGAAGUUGUAUGCAGGCUCCGUCAGGGUAGUCGGUAUGGAAAAUGAUAUGCUGAGUGAUCUCUGGCUGCCGUCGUGCGUUUUCACAAUUGUUGCUUGUCUAACGUAUCUGCCUGAGACUGCAAACACAAUCACAUCCCUGUUCCGUACGGAUGGCACAACUUUUAUUUCACUGCACUUGGAGCUGCUGUUCACUCUUCUGUUUGAGCACAUUCCAUUGGCGACUAUCUCCUACUUUACAAAAAAAUGGCGAGACUCCGUGUCCAGCAGCGUUGCAGACGGCAACGAAAACAAGAACUUUAGCAUAGAUCUAUUUACGACGUUUUCGAGACUUUUGUUCGUUUCCAUGAGAAUCGUGUGGUACGCCCACAUGGAAGGCAAGAAGAUCAGGAAAAAUGACAAGUACGAGUUGAAUCAAAUUUUUUUCAUGCUUUGCUGUCUCUUAUUUGCUGUCACUCUUGCCAUGCCUAUCAUGACGUGUAGAAUCCAAGAAAGUAAAAACGACAAACCCCGCUUGCAACUGCCCGCGAUCGAUUGCUACCUGAGAACGAAUUUGUCGAUCACAGCUGCUUGGGAGACAUUAGAUGAGAUGGGCGACAAGAGUACGUCAUCCUUGCAGCUGAAUGAAAGUCUCCCUCAUCUGUCGGAUGUCCUCGAAGAAGAUGACGAAGAUGAUGUAUAUCGUUGGAGGAUCUACAGGCUAUCGCCUUCAUCAGCUUUCUCCACAUCCUCUACUACUUUCUAUGCAUCGUUAACAUCUAUGUCAUCUAUUGUGUCAUCGUCAGCCACCAAUGCAACUUCGUCAUCAUCAUCGUCAUUGUCGGCUUUCAAGUCGAUGAAGAAGUUGAGAAUAUCGGUGUGUGAGAUGUACAAAUUUAAAGCUACCACUACUGCUGCUGCCAUUCUCGCUGAAUACAAAUGCAACAACCACAACAACAACUACUACAACAACAACAACCACAACAACAACAACCACAACCACAACAAUCACAACAACGAUUUUUCUUCUAGCGUGCAAAAACAACAUGAACCACAACCACCAUUUUCGUCAUCAACCUUAUCACCGUGUCUUCCAGGAAUGAAACGUUUAAUUUUUAAAUUCAAAUACUUAGCGACAGGUACAACAGGUGCUCUGGUGACGUCAGCCAUAAAGCUGACCAAUCACAUGAAGCGCCUUCCUGCCGACACUUCCAACAGCGACCACGACCAGAUGAAGAAGAAGGACGAAGACGGAAAGCAACGAGAUGAAAGUUGGUUUUCCUCACUCAAGAAAAAAACAGAAAGGGUUAUGCAAGUUAAUCAACAGAAACAAAAACAACAGGACGAUGACAUCAUAGAGUAUGAAGUGGGCGCGUUUUGCGAUUCAAAUCCUUACGAGUGCCUUCUUUACAACGAAAGAAAACCAAAAUUUAAAAAAAUUACAAGAAAAAAAGAGACUGAGAGAAUGAAGAAAAAUAAACUGGACAAACAGAUCGAGAAAGAUGGUUGGCACGUGGACAGGAGAGAUAAGGACGACGUUGGUGAGAGCGCGGAGGAAUCAAGCGAGAAGAUGAAAAAGAAGGAAGAAAACAACCUCUUAAGCAUACUAGCUUCAAAAUUUAACAACAUCCUCAAAGGUAGCAGCGACGAUCACAAAAUGUUCAAUGAGAAUGUCGAAGAGGACGAAGAAGGAGGUGCUUAUAAUGGAGAGAGGUUUUUAGAGGGUAGAGGCAAUUUGUUCCAGUAUGUGUAUGAUGAUGGAGACAAGAAAGUAGGCAAUCUGCAGCCACAAAUGAAGAGAGAUGUUGAUGGAGAGAAAGAGGAGGAGGAGGAGGAGGAGGAGGAGGAGGAGGAGGAAGAUGAUGUCUGCUCCGACUACAAACAACUGGAAAGUUGGCUGAAAAACGACGAACACGACGAGGCUGAAGGUGGCAGGAAAAUAUUUCAGGGAUGUGCUGCAAAGUCUUCCGAUGAGUGA